AUGGAUCAGAUGGAGCUUAGACAGAUGGAAGAUGAAACAAGUCCAUUGAUUAAAACCAUAAAGGGUGCAACUGCAGGUCUAGUUGCAGGCACUAUUUGGGGUACCAUUGUUGCUACUUGGCAUGAUGUGCCUCGAGUUGAGAGGAGUAUUGCACUUCCAGGUCUAAUUAGGACAUUGAAGAUGAUGGGUAAUUAUGGGAUGACUUUUGCUGCUGUUGGCGGAGUAUACAUUGGCGUCGAGCAGCUGGCUCAGAAGUAUAGGAUGGAAAGAGACUUUGUUAACGGAGCUGUUGGUGGAUUUGUUGCUGGUGCUUCUGUUCUGGGUUAUAAAGGAAGGAGCAUAUCCUCAGCAAUCUCUGCGGGAGCAGCACUUGCAGUGACGUCUGCUGUCAUUGAUGCUGGAGGUCAGACCACGAGAAUUGAUAAUGGCAAAGAGUACUAUCCUUACACCAUCAAGAAGAGGCCAACUGUUGAUUGA